AUGCCGCCGAAGAAAGCCGGCGACGUCGAAAGAAAAAAGACGGCCUCGGGACAAGCGGAGAAUGACGUGAUCGAGGACAUCACAAACACGUUUGAAGAUGGAGAUGGAGAGAGGCUACCAAGUACCGCCGAAGAGAGAGCCCAGGCCCAAGUCAAGGCCUUCCUCUCUGGGGCCUCAGGCCUCUCAGCCCUCCGCAAAUUCUCCAUGCCAGCAGACCUGUUCCCCCCGGGCUCCAAGAGAGCCGCCAUGCUCAAGGAAUACAACAGUCAAGACGUCUACAGCGCCGAAGGUCUGCUAGAAUGGCAAAUCGACACCAUUGACCAUGUCCUGACGCUCGACGACAGCCUCCCGGUGCAAUGCAACGCCAGUGGUCGUCCGGGGUCUCGUCUGGUCAUUUCUAAGAAAGACAAGAAGAAGGGUACGCCCAGAAAGACCUUGACGCUGUCAGAGCAACUACGGGAUGAAAUUGCAGCUGCUGAACGCAAGACAAGCGCAGCAAUGCUGCUAUCCGACGAUGAUGAGUUUGAUGUUCAGCGUCAUUUUCAGGUCGCAGCAGCAUUCGCAGGUUCCGACUCACAAACAGGGUUGAACAUCGAAGACAGUAGGCUCCUGCUGGGCAUGACAUCUACCGCCAAACACAGCCAUGACGCGUCGCUCGACAUGUGUUCGACAACAACCCUCGACAUCCCCAGCUGGAAGUUCCUGGACCUUCAGGUCACGGGUGCAGCUUGGAUGCUGCAACAUUCGUUGGGGUACGUACCUAACUAUGUCCUUCCCAGUCAGGAGGCUGCAGCAAAGGAGGUCUACGACAGUCUUCGGUCGCUCCCAAGCUACGGGGGCGUCCUCGCGGAUGUGACGGGAACUGGGAAGACCUCUACGGCUGGCCUUUUCAUGACAGCUUUCGCCAAGCACAUGGCGGAAACAACCGAUGGUAACCACCGACCCAUUCUAUUACUCACGAUGGGGAGUUAUUUGUUCGACCAAUGGUCUAGCUUUCUCUACCAAUACUUCCCGGGCCUCGACCUCAUCCUAGGUCAUGGCGAUAAGCCAGGGCCUGGUCCUCUCCGAGGACAAUGGGUAUCCAAAGCAGCUAUGCAAGCCGCGCCGCUUGAGCUCUCGGAAUGGCCCCCAAAUCUGAGGCAUGUUUUCGACCAGUCGGACCCUCGAGCAUCACGUACCGUACUUCUUGUCCCUUAUGACACGUGGGCGGUACGAAGCCUGGAUAAGGAGUGGGUACCAGUGACCGACGACAACAAGCACAAAGCUGUGUUCGUACCCAAGUUCGAAGAAGAACGCGUGGCCGUUUAUGAGAGCCGAUACACUGGCGUUUUCUCUGCCGUUAUUGCGGAUGAAGGUCACAAACUCAGGCACGAGGAUACUCUCGUACACCGCUCUGUCAAGUUCCUGGAAUCGCCGAUCCAUUGGUUCUUGACAGCCACGCCGCAGCUCAAUGAUGCAUCCGAUAUCGUAGGCUUGUUGGCUCUCCUCUGGCCGAAGGUCAAGAAAACCAUCAGUCAAGAUGCCACAGAUGAGCAAGCGAAAUGGCUGGAUGCCCAAGAAGAUGCGCAGAGACCAUGGGAGAUUUUCGACGCUGUGCAAGAGCUUGAGCCUUCCAAUAAGCUCCGCAACAUCGUCAUGGACCCCAACAGGGUUUGGCCGUUGCUGCGCCAGGAUACCGCGACAAUAAGUCGCUACUUUACCUACAUCCGCGAGAGGAUAUUUUGUCAGCGCUCUACGGCCUCAAGUAUACCAUGGACGAGGGAAGAGGGCUCCCGCAUGCAAUCCUUAGGCGGACUCAUGCCCGAGCACAAGGUGACGACCGUUGAAGUUUCCUACAACAGCAGCGAAGCCGGUGAAGCACAGUAUCUACACCGUCUCUUCGCUCGCGAGUAUGCUGAGGCCCUCGAAACGCCAGUGCUUAACAAAACCAAGAAGUCUAGAGCAAGAGACAGCGACAAUCGCUUUCCUCCAAUUGUUCGCGCAGUCCGCCGAUUGAAUAUUGUGGCAUCUUCUACUCUGGUAAGCCGUUUGGACCUCUCAAUGAGCAACAAGGGUUUCGAUACGCUGGUCGAAGAUAUGCGAGGGUAUCGGUCAAAAGAUCACGACAUAGACUGGUUCAUUCGGGAGACGAGGAGACCUGGGGAUAUUACCCCCAUCACCACCCGCAGAGAGCGCCUCAAAUACCUUUGUUGGGGGUCCCCAAAGCUUCGCUUGCUGCUUCGCCAGGUACGCGACGUGGUAUUGCACCAAAAAUCGAAGUUGCUGGUUACCGAAGAUACGCCAAUCGUGGCGUGGUUUUUCGAGCUCGUCCUUCAGUUCUUCCACGUCAAGACAUAUGUCUUGCAUUCAGACCUGUCUAGCAAUGACAGGAGAGAGUUGAUACAGAAUUUCAACUCCAAGGAGAGCGACCUAUCAUGCCUUAUCAUAAUGUACGGCGUGCCGAGCCUUGGAAUAAACAUGCACGGCGCUGCACACCAUGCCUUCGUCGCCACUGGGGCCAUCAAUGCCGGCAUGGAGAUGCAGGCCUGGGGCCGACUUGUCCGAAUUUCCCAGAAACAUCAAGUCAACAUCGUGAGGUGCCAAACAGCAAACAGCCAUGACCAGUACCGCGAUUCGCAGCAGCUGUACAACCAAAAGCUAAUCCUCGCUACGGCUUCAUACUCUACAGAAAUGCGGGAGCUAUUGGUAACGCUACUGAACGAGGGAAAUGCGGAGGUCAAAGCAUUGCACAAGUCACCCAUCGCAGAGCUCUUGCGUCGCGGGGAGGAACAGCUGCGCCUUUUCGGCGAGGAAGAUCAGACUACCUCGAAUGAUAUGGAGUGUGAAGAGAGUGGCCAGCUGCUGGCAAAAACCGCCAAGGACAAUUUCGACGUGGCUCCCAACCGAAUGGGUGGUAAGACGGUCGCAUCGUUCCGCCAAGAGAUCAGAAAGAUGAACAGCACGGAGAGGGAAAAACUCGACCAAAGAAUCAUGAAAUUCGAGCUCAUGCUGCGUCUUGACCCAGACAGGGUCUACCACCCCGUUGACCUGGAAGACAUGGAUAUCCACGAUAGGGCCCUCGUCUUACUUCAUAGAGCCAGAUUCGGGCAAGCCCACGAAAACGUGCGGCUUACGCCGCAUAUUCACUAUGACGCACUUCACCCGAACCUGGCGGGUGUGAUUGAGGGCCGCGUCUUGGAUUUCGAGCACGGCCUUCUAGAGGCGCAGAGGCAGCGCAGGCCGAGUAGAGCCGAGGCUUCCGCCAGCCGAGUCCCUCCUACCCCACGGCCAUCGGGCUCUGCCGAAAAGUAA